AGUUAGAAUUGCGGUAUCCAGACAUCAACAAUCAACCACGACUGUUUUUUUUCCCCCCUCCAAGAAUCAUAAUCAACUGUCGAUAGUAUCUUCUUCUCUGUCAGGAUGGCGGACCCCAACACUAAACAUAUGCCACAGAAAAGUGCCAACAUUGCUGCUGGAGCAGUUGUGUGUGUAGAGAGUGAAAUUAGAGGAGAUGUGACCAUUGGUCCAAGAACAGUGGUCCACCCCAAAGCACGUAUUAUAGCUGAGGCAGGCCCUAUUAUCAUUGGAGAAGGCAACCUGAUCGAGGAACAGGCUCUCAUCAUUAACAGUUAUCCAGAAAAUAUUAUGCCUGACACUGAAGGAGUUGAACCCAAGACCAUGACGAUUGGAAUCAACAAUGUGUUUGAAGUCGGUUGUGGUUUAACCCUCAACCAACUUCUCAUGUUUAACCCUCAACCAACUUCUCAAGUCUCUCAAGCAUUGAAAAUUGGUGACAACAAUGUAAUCGAGUCAAAAGCGGACCUAGGGAAGAACGUCAUUCUCACCAGUGGCUGUAUCGUCGGCGCUUGUUGCCAGGUGAAUACGUGUGAGGUCAUUCCCGAGAACACAGUCAUCUAUGGGUCCAACUGCAUGAGACGUGUGCAGACAGAAAGGCCUCAGCCUCAGACGCUCCAGCUAGAUUUCCUCAUGAAGAUCCUGCCCAACUACCAUCACAUGAAGAAGACUGUCAAAGGAACCUCCACCCCUGUCAGGAACUAACCACUGACUAACCAAAGAUCAGCAUUCCCUGACGCUCACCAGACCUUAACAAUGAAAGGUGUAGAGACUAAAUUUAUCCUAGACCUGAUGUCCUAGACCUGAUGUCCUAGACCUGUUGUCCUAGACCUGUUGUCCUAGACCUGUUGUCCUUGACCUGUUGUCCUUGACCUGUUGUCCUUGACCUGUUGUCCUUGACCUGUUGUCCUCGACCUGUUGUCCUCGACCUGUUGUCCUCGACCUGUUGUCCUCGACCUGUUGUCCUCGACCUGCUGUCCUUGACCUGUUGUCCUUCAGCUAUUGUCCUAGACCACGUAAGAAGUAGUUUCUCUCCUCUGAGGCAUGAGGGCACAUUCCUAGCUUUUCUCAAUUCCCAAUCAUAAGAGAGAGAGCCCAUAUGCAGCACUCCAUUGGGUCAUUAGCUAAACCAAUAGUAAUACAGUUCCUGGUUAUGUUUCUUAUUUGUCUAUCUAGCUCUUUUUAUUGUAUGAUUUUUUGUUGUUGUCUGUUCAAAUGUCAUAUCUUGUUUUUCUGUCUUAAAUUUAGCACAUUCAGUUUUUAUGUUAAUGUAUAUUUUUCUGCUUUGGUUGUGAAAUAAAAAGCAAUUUAAAAGAAACAAUACAAUUAA